UUCCUGGAACUAUUGGUUGGAAAGAGAGAGAGGGAGAGAGUAUUGUCGAUAACCAAAACCGGUGGUGAUCGUGCUGGUUAGGUUAAGUUAGGUCAGAAGUCAUUAUCCCGGAUUUCGCGCGGUUUGUCGCGACAGUUCGAAGAACAGAAAGAAUUGACUAAGUACUGGUGUUUCUUCCUUUCGUCAUGGACGUGUUGACACAGCACUUGGGAAAGAUACGUAUACCGCGGCCCGGUGACAAGAUAUAUAAGGACGAGUGUGUUUACUCCUUUGACACGCCAGACACGCCCACCGGUCUCUAUGUUAGUCUCACUACCUUUGUGGGCUUGGGCCAGGAUCACGUUCUGCGAUAUCACCGGCAGACCGGCAAUCCUAUUUUCCUUCACAUAAAACGUACAAAAAAGGAGAUCCCACCUGCGCAGCAAGGGGAUGGUCCUGAAAAGAAGAUCACCAGGCUUGCUAUUGGAACAGCCGGUGGAUUUACUCCUGACCAACAGAAGUAUACUUAUCACGAGACUUACCAGAUAGUCAUUCUACCGAACUUCGCUACUCUUGCUUAUCCAUCCAGCGAUUUACCUGAACAGCUGCAACUUGCAGUCAAAGUUAUAUUAGAAGCGGAAUCAGCGUCGAAGUUGGCGGAGGUGGAAGCAUUAGCCGGUACAUGGGACGGCGAAAUCAAGGUAGUUUCAAAGCAUGCUGCGAGCUUGAAGCAGCUGAACAACGGCAAGAGGAUCCCACCGAGCGGCUGGAAGUGCGAGAAAUGCGAGCUCACGCAGAAUCUCUGGCUGAAUCUGACCGACGGCAGCGUGCUCUGCGGCCGCAAGUUCUUCGACGGAACCGGCGGCAACGACCACGCUGUUGAGCACUAUCGGGUGACCGGCUAUCCCUUGGCCGUGAAGCUGGGCACGAUCACGAAGGAAGGCAAGGGCGAUGUGUUCUCGUACGACGAGGACGACAUGGUGGAGGAUCCCAACUUGGCUGUACACCUGUCGCACUGGGGCAUCAACGUGGCGCAGAUGGAGAAGACGGACAAGUCCAUGAUCGAGCUGGAACUCGACUUGAAUCAGAAGUUCGGCGAGUGGGUCGCUCUUCAAGAGGCAGCCAGCAAGCUGACGCCGGUGUACGGUCCUGGAUACACCGGCCUGGCCAAUCUCGGGAACUCCUGUUACCUGAACAGCGUCAUGCAAAUGCUGUUCAUCGUCCCCGAUUUCAUUAAAAGAUUUGUGGACGGAUCGCCGACAAUAUUCGAGCGGAAUUACAACGAUCCGGCGAACGACUUUAACGUCCAAAUGGCGAAACUAGGCACCGGCCUGCUCUCCGGCAGGUACUCCGAAGAGCCGAGCAAACCCGGCGGCACGGACAACGACGAGUCACGACAAGGUAUUCCCCCGCGGAUGUUCAAGAUCCUGGCCGGUCGCGGCCACGCCGGCUUCUCCUCGAAUCGACAGCAGGACGCGCAGGAAUUUCUCCUUCAUUUAAUUGACAUACUCGAUCGUCACAGUCGGCACGAGGUAAACCCCAUGGAUUGUUUUAAAUUUAGAGUGGAGGAGAGAUAUCAGUGUGGCACCUCGAAGAAGGUCAAGUACACCUACCGACCGGAGUACAUCCUGCCACUGCCGAUACCGUUGGAGGCCGCCGUGAAUAAGGACGAGGUGGCCGCGUACGAGAACCUAAAGAAGGAGGCCGAGACGAAGGGCCAGAAGCUGGAUCCCAAUGCUCUCGUGAGACCUCGCUUGAAGCUCUCCUCGUGCCUGGAAACGUUCAUUCGUUCGGAAACUGUAGAGCAGUUUUACAGCUCGGCGUUGAACGGCAGGACGACGGCGCACAAAACCACAAGAUUAGACAGUUUUCCGGAUUAUCUGCUGAUUCACCUGAGGAAGUACACAGUACAGGAGGAUUGGACCCCCAUCAAGCUGGAUGUAGCGGUAGAGAUGCCGGACACGUUGGACCUGAGCUUCUUGCGCGGCACCGGCCUGCAAUCCGGCGAGGAAUUGCUGCCGGAGACCGCUGGCGCGGAACCGCCACCUCCCGUCUACGACGCGGACAUCUUGAACGAGUUGACGGAGAUGGGUUUCCCGUCGGAGGCGUGUAAGCGGGCGCUGUACUUCACGGAGAACCGGAGUCUGAGAGAUGCGACCAAUUGGGUGAUGGAGCACAUCGCGGACUCCGACAUCGCCGAGCCCUUCGUGCCGCCGGGAGUCGACGUUAAGCCGAGCAAAACCGAUUUCGUGGCGAACGAAGAAGCCUUAUCGAUGGUCAUGAGUAUGGGCUUCACGCAGAAUCAAGCGACAAAGGCGCUCAGGGCGACCGAUAACAAUUUAGAGCGUGCGGUCGAAUGGAUUUUCAGUCACCAGACCGAACUCGAUGCUCAGGAAUCGGACGGCGAUGGUGCGCAAGCGAAGGAGUCGUUCCGAAACGGCAGCUCUCGAUACAAACUGGUGGGCUUUAUAUCUCACAUGGGCACGUCGACGAUGGUGGGUCAUUACGUUUGCCAUUUGCUGAAGGAGGGUCGAUGGGUGAUAUACAAUGAUGAUAAGGUCGCCUUGUCGGAAAAUCCGCCGAAAGAAUUGGGAUAUCUCUACUUGUACCAACGAAUCGAUUAGUGAAACUGCUGUUUUGUAUAAAGAUAUGUUGUAUUGCUUUUUAACAAUAAAAAAUAAUGCGAAUCGA